AGUCCUUUUAAUCAAUCCAAGAAUUGUCGUUCAUCGAUCAAACGCGUCGGGCAAACAGUGAAGAACAACCCGAGUUUGUGCUUUAAUGCAAGACUGAGUGGUUAUUUAUUUAAUCACUUCGAGUUUUACUUCAGUGAAAUUGUUGCUGUCAUAUCGUUCCCUGACUGGAUAUUAAUACGGGCUGAAGAGGCGUUGUGUUUGUAUAAACUAGCCAGCCUCCUGGAGCUAAAGGCUAACCUGAGACGAUGCACUUUCGGUACAUUAUACCGUCUGUUACCCCAACCGGACUACGCUGUUAAAGUGUGUUGACCGUGCGGCAUAUAAGGACUUCAAUCAGGUCACUUAAUAGCCGUAAUUCGUAUUAUUCUACAGUAGCACACAGUGCUGGCGAUAAGACAGAGCUACUAGUGUCGGGCUAGCCACGUAUGACUGGGAAGUGUUGACGUAGCAGCUUGCUAACCAACUUGCUUGCCGAGCCGUCCGACUACUCUCUCAGAACAAUGCACUGCGUUGCCAAAACAUGAUAUUUUAGGGUAGCCUAUUAUUUGACCUGCCGUCUGGUAUGUCUGGUGACGACCGAAAACAUGGACAGUCUUGAGUUAAAGUGCAGUGGUAGUGUUGUUGUUGCGAGUCCCAUGUUGCAUUGAGCAGAUAAUGAAUCGGAUAGUGUGGGUGAUCUCAGGGAUAAACAGGAGAAUGAUGAAGCUGCUGGUUGCCCUCGCGUUGAUCGCCUACAUAGCCUCUGUCUGGGGAACGUAUACGAACAUGAGAUCGAUACAGGAACUCAGCGAGAUGAAGAUUGAGCAAAGAAUAGAUGAAGCUGUAGCUCCCCUCAGAGAGAAGAUUCAUGACCUUGAGCUUAGUUUUACCCAGAAAUAUCCUCCUGUCAAAUUCCUCUCAGAAAAGGAUCGGAAGAGGAUUUUGAUCACGGGCGGCGCGGGCUUCGUGGGCUCCCACCUCACUGAUAAGCUGAUGAUGGACGGCCACGAGGUGACCGUGGUGGACAACUUCUUCACGGGCAGGAAGAGGAACGUGGAGCACUGGAUCGGCCACGAGAACUUUGAGCUCAUCAACCACGACGUGGUGGAGCCUCUGUACAUCGAAGUGGAUCAGAUCUACCACCUGGCAUCUCCAGCCUCUCCGCCAAACUACAUGUACAACCCCAUCAAGACCUUGAAGACCAACACCAUAGGAACUCUCAACAUGCUUGGGCUGGCGAAGCGCGUGGGAGCGAGGCUCUUGCUGGCCUCCACGUCCGAGGUGUAUGGAGACCCGGAGGUCCACCCCCAGAACGAGGAGUACUGGGGGCACGUCAACCCCAUCGGGCCCCGGGCGUGCUACGACGAGGGCAAGCGGGUGGCAGAGACCAUGUGCUACGCCUACAUGAAACAGGAAGGUGUGGAGGUGAGGGUGGCCCGGAUCUUCAACACGUUUGGCUCCAGGAUGCACAUGAACGACGGCCGAGUCGUCAGCAAUUUCAUCCUGCAAGCGCUUCAGGGAGAACCGCUCACGGUGUAUGGUUCAGGACUGCAGACCAGAGCCUUCCAGUAUGUAAGUGACCUGGUGAAUGGCCUGGUGCUCCUGAUGAACAGUAACAUCAGCAGUCCAGUCAACCUGGGAAACCCAGAGGAGCACACCAUCCUGGAGUUUGCCCAGCUAAUCAAGAGCCUUGUGGAACGUGUGUCCACAGUGAGCCACAGUCAGAUCCAGUUCCUUCCUGAGGCCCAGGAUGACCCCCAGAGACGCCGGCCAGACAUCCGCAAAGCUAAGAUGAUGCUGGGUUGGGAGCCCGUGGUACCGUUGGAGGAGGGAUUGAAUAAAACCAUCCAGUACUUCAGCAGAGAGCUGGAGCACCAGGCCAACAACCAGUACAUCCCCAAGCCCAAGGCGGCGCGGAUGAAGAAGGGACGCCCCAGACAUAACUGAGGUCCGACUUCCAACGUGAAGCGACCGCUGGUGUGGACACCGAAGCGUCUCUCUUGUAGGACCUCUUUGGGUAGACUUCUCCAUGGACAUGACAUUGUGUUGUGCACUCCUGAAUUGAAUGAAUAAAGAAAGGGUUGUGUUUUCGUGCGUGCAGGUAAGGAACUCUUUCUCAUUCCUGGAAAAAACAAGAGUGAAAAUAGACUUGAAGACGGUGUUUCAACAUGGCCGUUGCUGCACUUGCUGAGUGAAGGACUUCCUCCAGGGAGUAUCAGGGGCAGGUUGGACAUGGCUACAGGGGCUAUGAGAGAAAGGAGGACGUUGAAUAGACGAGGACUAGCCAUUCGUUCAAAAUUUGCCAUUUUCUUUUUUUAAAUUUAUGUUUUUGGAUGGCGUUUUUUGAUUGCUAUUUAAAUUAAGCUUUUGCUGAAGUAAGAGAGGUGGAGUAGUGUUUACGCUUGCAGGGUGUUUGUGUUUCGUGUUUUUGUUCUU